UCCAUACCAUCCAUACCAUCCAUACAUAGUACAGAAAUGAGACGCUUUCUAAUUGUAUCCUGUCUCACAGCUGUAGUCCUCUCUCAAGAGAAUGGUCGCAGCAUAGAUAAACUUGAUAAACUUGACAUGAUUAAACCUCUUGAUGAACCGGAAAACAACCUGAUAGAUUAUCAACCUGAAAACCAAUCCAUCCUUGCCAGAAUUAUCGGUGAGGACGCAGAGGCCAGAAUAGUGGACAGUGUUACAACAUGGGCUACUGAUAAGGCUAUAAAGAAUCCUGGCUGUGUGAAAAGAUUUGUUUGUGAAACCUAUAGAACUGGAGAAACCUUGUCAGGAAUACCUUAUGUACUCAUGGCGAUAACAAAUGCUGCUGUUAGCUUUGUUGUCGCUGAGCAUUUUGGAGAAGCUGUAAAGCUGGAAGCUAUCACUGAAGCUGCUAAAUUCGGCAGAAUGUCAGGUUCUGGAGAUGCUGGAUGUCAAUUAAUGGAAUGCCAGCUGUUUGACGGUCAAUUAAGAACAGUUACUGACUACCUAGCCGGGGUUGAAGAGAUUCUCGGCUAUAUUGUAAAUUCAGUCUCAACAUCAAUUGGUUAAACUGCCCCUACCCCCCUCUCCUUCUCUACCUCCCUCCCCCCCCCCUUCUCCUUCCCUACCUCCCAAAUUGUUAGACCAGACUACAGACCUCAUUAGAAAGUCGUCUGAAGUAAAAAAAAUGUUAAACAUUAAAUCGAAUCUCAAAAUCUGUGGUGCAAGAAAUUUUCAAAACGAGCGUUAUUUUAUUAUCUGUUUUGUCAAAUCAUUACUUUCUGUUCUGAAAAAAAACGACACUUUUAUGGCCCCUACGGUCCUUUUCUAUAUCACAUUAUUUCCAUUUAGAAAAUAAAAUACUCAUUAUUCUUGUUAAAUAUGUUUCUACUGUAAACCUGUCUUCCGAUAUCUAAUAAAUUUAUAAAAACAAA